GGAAGCUGAAAUUUUUCUCAAUGACCAAAAGUUGUGUCAGAGGAAGAAGUCCAUUAGUCCAAAGCAUCUUCAAAUUUGUUCUAAACCCCUUGGACAACAUGAGCAAUUUGUUUCAGUUCCUACCAUUUGUCCCUGAGGUCGACCUUUACAGAGGCGGGGUGGGAUGAAGGCUGUUGGUAGUGAGCGGCUAAGGCCGUUUCUUGUCGUUAGCCUCUCAUUUAUUUUAUUUGCAUCAUUGCUUGUAUAUAUCACUCGCCGGUUACCCUCAAUUCCGGAGGAACAUCGAGGACACUUUAAAUUUCCUCACAAUGUUGACGAGUUAAAAAAUAUUGGUCUAGUCCUGUCAGAAUACCAAGACAAUUAUUACUGGCAAAUAUUAAUUCUGAUAAGCACCGUUUUCAUAUUCCUUCAGUCAUUCAUGAUACCAGGUUCGGUCGUGUGUGUGGUUCUACUGGGAUAUCUGUUCCCUUUCCCAGUCGCUGUCAUUAUUGUAGCUUUGUGUUCGGCGAUUGGGGCGUCACUGUGCUAUCUUCUCGUUGGCUUUAUCGGUUCCAAAGUACUGAUGUAUUUCAUCCCUGAAAAAAUUGAAUUAUGUCGUCAAGCAAUUCAACGGUAUCGACAUGCAAUGUUUUUUUGUAUAUGCUGUUUGCGAAUCUGUCCUUUCAUCCCAAAUUGGCUUGUGAAUAUUUCUUCUCCAAUAAUCGAUAUCCCACUGGUUCAUUUCUUCUUCGGAACAUUUGUAGGAGUAGUUCCAUUAUCAUUGGUUUUCAUUAAAGCAGGAACUGUGCUUCAAGAACUCACAGAUUUAGGCGUUACUUCUUUAGCUUCAUUUUCAACACUGAUUAUUUUAGCUGGUUUAUCACUUCUACCUUUAGUCUUUCGUAAUCAACUCCGUGAAGCAUUUUUAUAGUCGACUUUAUGUUCCCUCACUCUUGUUAUGUUGAUUGAUUUUGUGUUCAUCACACAUUAACUGGAUUAGCUAAAGUAUCUAGAAGUGACCACAUUGUACAUAUUUUUUGGUGGAUGUUUUAAAAUAUUUCUGAUCUAUUUUAACAGUGUUUAAUUGGAUCCUGUGAUGAUAAAAGCAAUAUUGCGGAAUUCUUCAUCUUUCAAUUCUAUUUCUGUGAUCUACCAACUAUUAACGCCACACUUGGUUCUUAUUCACGCUAUUUUUCCUAUUACCUAUUAUCUUUCAGUGAUUGGCUGUAUACAGCUUGUUAUCAGAUUGUUUCUUUUGUUAUUUGGGUUUAAAACUCAGUCACUACAUUUAUGUGCAUGUUCAGUUGAUUAAUUUAUGUUAAUAUACGUUUGCUGUUACAGAAUCUGCCUUUAUUUAAUGAAGUGGGGAAGCUAGGGAUCGUUGUUGGGCUAAUAUCAAAUAACAUGAGAAUGGUAAAAACGGGAGGUUUCAGAUGUGGUCUUAUAUAAACUGUAGUCUGUAAAGACUAGCGUUGUCAAGUUUUUCCGGUUGGAUCUGUGUAUAUACUUAAGGAAUUCCAGUUUUUUCUAUUAUACGCCUCAUAUGCCUUUUGGCAGCAUAAAAUUAUAAGCGUUAGUCGUCUUGCAUUGAUUUCUUACUUCAGGCUGAUGAGUCUUACUAAAAGCGUAUCAAGUCGAAAUCUUUAGGUUUUUCUGGGAAAAUAUGACUCCUCAGUUGCUUAACAUCUCUUUAUAUUAUCCCGUGCCGAGUCGUUCGGACUAUAAU